AUGACUGUACGCAUAUCGGGGGGCCCCUCCAGGGCCCCCAAGCGAGCGGCUCGUAGGGGGGCCCCCCGCGCUCGCGAAGAAAACCUGAAUGAGAGCAGCGAUGAAGAGAUAACAUCAAGCAGCAGCAGCAGCAGCAGCGAAGAAGAGACAGACAGAAGCAAAGGCAAGAGGCUGCAGCUGGAUGAGGGUCUGUUGCGGCAAGUCCGGAAGGUGCAGCAGCAGCAGCAACAACAGCAGCAGAAGCAGAAAAAGAAGCAACGGCUGCUGCUGCUGGGAUUAGGGGGAGAAAAAGGUCAGCAGCAGCAGCAGCAGCGGAAGGCGCAGCAGCUGAAGCUGCAGCGCCAACUGCAUGCAAAACUAAUUGGCGUGAGGGUCUCUACUAACACGGCCCUCCGUUUAGCAAACAGAAUCCCUGCAGCAGAUGUGCUGCAGCUGCUGCAGCAGCAGCAGCAGCAGCAGAAGACAGAAGCAGCACUUCGUACUGUCAGGAAAGAAGCAGCACGGACCUUCGUGCUGCUGCGUCAGCUGCAGCAGCUGCUGCUGCAGCAAUCUUCUCUCUCUGCUGCUUUCGCCGCAGCAUCGAGUGACAAAUCAACGGCAGCAGCAGCAGCAGCUGCUGCUGCUGUUGCAGAAGGAGGCUGGCAGCAGCGAAGAGACAAAUACAAACAGCAGCAGGCAACAGGAGGUGAAGCAGAUGUGUGGAGGCUGCUGGCUGAGGGGCCCUCAGCUAACUCUCUUCGUUCUGUCUGUCUUUCGAAUAUUGACGCUUGGCAUCAACAAACCUUUGCAGCAGAUUUCUAUGUGGAAUUGCUGAAGGCCUCGGUGGCUGCAGGAGAGGGGCAGGUGGAGGCUUCUACUCUGACUCGCGAAACGGCAUUACUAACAGCAAAAAGGAAGGCCAGUGGGAAGAUAGUCGAUCGGCGGGCUUCCAAAGGACGCAAAAUUCGGUACAAGCCAAUACCCCAGCUGGAAAGUUUUGCUACAGCAGUCCCGUGGACUCCAGACACAGACGCGCUGCCAGGAGCCGACGACCCCUUAGUAGUUGAAGGGCUUAUGAAUAACCUCUUCGCCGCCACCUAA